CCGACGUUGGGGGCCCUCCUGUUCUCCUGCUGGGUUUGUCAACUUUGCCACCUUGCUGACCACGUCGCGCCUGCCACAGUGUUCACGGAGGAAGGGCUAUUUUUUUUUCUUCCCUUCGACACGCCACUGGGGGUAUUCUGGGCCAAGUGCACAGCCAGUGCUGUCUCGUGAGUUCUGGCAAGGCGGCUGAAAGCAGCAGACGAGGCCGAACAGGAGCAGCGAGGGCCUGAACCAACGGGCACACUGGAACAAGACGAAAUCAUGGAAGGUGACGGGGGCAACAGCCAGACAAACCUCAUCAUCAACUACCUUCCCCAGGGCCUGACGGAUGAAGAGUUCCGCAGCCUUUUCACCAGCGUCGGUCCCAUUAAGUCAUCGAAGAUUGUGCGCCACAAAGCAACAGGCUACAGCUACGGCUUCGGCUUUGUCGACUAUCAGGGAGCCGGCGAUGCAGCACGCGCGGUCGAGACACUGAACGGCCUGCAGCUGCAGAACAAGAAGCUCAAGGUGGCAUAUGCGCGACCCGGCGGCGAGACCAUCAAGCGCGCUAACCUCUACAUCCGUGGCAUCCCCAAGCACUUCCCCCCUGAGCAAGCCGAGAAGUUGUUCGCGGACUUUGGUCGGCUCAUCCAGUUUCGGGUGCUCAAGGACGACGCAGGACAGAGCAACAAGGGGGUUGCCUUCGCGCUGUACGACCUGCGCGAGAAUGCCGAGGCUGCUAUGUCGGCGCUGUCGGGUCAAACGCUUCCAGGUGCCACCGAGCCGCUCCUGAUCAAGUUUGCCGAGGACAACUCCAAGAAGCUGCGACCUCCCGGAGGCCGUGGCCCCCAGGGUCAGCUGAUUGGGCCCCCGGGUGCUGGCGGCGGAGGCCCCAUGCGUGGCGCCCAGGGCCGCUACCGGUACAACCCACUGACGGACUCCUACCAGUACCCAAUGGGAGGCAUGGCUCCUGCUCCAACUGCAGCAGACGCGGCUGGGCACGUGCUCUUCGUCUACAACAUUGGGACCGAUGCGGACGAAAAGUCGCUCUGGCAACUCUUUGCCCAGUAUGGCACGGUGACCAAGGUGAACAUCAUCCGUGACACAGCCACAGGCCUAUCUAAGGGCUUUGGCUUCGUCACCAUGGCCAACUACCAGGACUGUGUAUGGGCCAUCGAGGCCUUAAAUGGGUUCCGCUAUGCGGGCCGACCGCUGCAAGUCUCCUUCAAGCAGCCCAAGUAAAAGGGCUUGGGCUGGCCAUGGUGGUCAUCAUCGCGCAGUUGUGAGUGGCAUCAACCACAGUGCUGCACUCAGUUGAAGCUUGAAAUUGGUCUUGCCGGUUUGGAGGUCUUCCAAGCUCUUUGCGGUACUUUGCUGCAUGCUUCAUGCAACUCAAGUUGAAGCACCAUGUCCAUGCUCCGCUGGUGACUGACAGUGUUAAGCGCCUCCUACAUAUUUCUAUUUUUUUCUUUUCUUAUCCAUUGUUGAAUUGUUUUUCCGAGAACCGCUCUGGAUUGGCUACACGCUGUCAUAUGUCGCCUGUGUGCUAAGAAGAAUAUGGCUGGCCGCCUCUAGGGACUGGUAGCGUUUUGGGGGAUGGUGUUCAAUGUGCACUUUUUUUUUGCUGCCUAUGAAUUCUCUUAUUGGACAUCGUCUUGGCUUGUCUAACCCAUCUUGUCUUGCUCAAGAAAAAUUGUAUUGGCAGCGGAGGGGACAGACUGUGCCCCAGCUCUGGGGAGUGGCAGACACCGGGCAGUCAUGACGUCCCCCGCUUUUUCUUUCUUUCGUUUUUCUAUUGCUCUUUUAUCAGUGCGCCUGUGUGUGUGUG